AUGUACCGCGACCUGAUCGACGUGGUCGAGCAGGCGGGGGCGCACCUCGACACGAUCCUCAUCCCCAAAGUGGGCGUGCCCGGUGACGUCUACACGGUAGACGCCCUCCUCACCCAGCUCGAGCAGGCACUGGGCUUGAGUCCACCGGAUCGGUGUGGAGGCUCUGGUGGAGACCGCUCUGGGGAUGGCCAAUGUCGAGGCGGUGGCGGCGUCGAGCCCGCGGCUGGAGGCGCUGCACUUCGGGGUGGCGGACUACGCGGCGUCGUGCCGGGCCCGGACGAUCACCAUCGGCGGGCUCAAUCCCGACUAUCCGGGCGACCAGUGGCACUCGGCGCUGUCCCGCAUGCUGGUGGCCUGCCGCGCCAAUGGGCGAAGGCCAUCGAUGGCCCGUUCGGGGACUUCGGCGAUCCCGAGGGAUUCACCGCGGGGGCCCGUCGGGCCGCGGCUCUCGGCUACGACGGCAAGUGGGCUAUCCACCCCGCACAGAUCGAUCUGGCCAACGAGGUGUUCACACCACCGGAGUCCGAGGUGGACCAGGCCCGCCGGGUGCUGCGGGCACUGGAGGAGGCGGCCGCGGCCGGGCGGGGCGCGGCUCAGCUCGACGGGCGCAUGAUCGACGCCGCGUCGGCGCGCAUGGCUCGAAACCAGAGAGUCAUUGAGCCGGACCGCACGAGCGGUGCCGGUGCGAGGACGCAGGGAGGGGCGUUCAUGGAGAUCCACGAGUACCAGGCCAAGGCGAUACUCGCCGACUACGGCGUGGCCAUACCCGAAGGCGGGCUGGCCUACAGCCCCGAGCAGGCCACCUACCGAGCCUCCGAGAUCGGCGGCGAGCGGUGGGUGGUGAAGGCCCAGGUCCACUGCGGCGAUCGGGGCCAGGCCGGCGGCAUCAAGAUCUGCAGCCACGAGCGCGAGAUCUGGGAGGCGGCCGACGAGUUGCUGGGCAAGCGCUUGGUGACGCCCCAGACCGGCGAGCAGGGAAAGGGCGUGUACCGGCUGUACGUGGAGGCCCCGUCCUCCAGCGAACGCGAGCUCUACCUCGGGUUCGUGCUCGACCGCGCCGCGGAGCGGGUGAUGGUCGUGGCACUCAGCCGCAGGGGGAUGGAAUCGAAGAUGAUUCGCGACCCGGCGAUCGACGUCUCAUCGUGCGGUGUGAACGUGGAGCAGCUGUCGGAGCUCCAAGCUGUCAGAGGCCCGGGAGAGAUCGCCUUCGCGGGUGCGGUCUCGGACGCCAUCAGCUUGGUCUAG